AUGGCUACGAGACAGCUUUUAAUCGCGGCUGCUUUACGUGAAGAACGAUUGGAGCGUAGAAGGAACCGGCGCCGCCUGCGUAAUCAAUUAAAUAUUUCAAAUAUUCCCGAUCUAGAGUUUGUCGGAAAUUACAGACUCAGUCGGGAAUUAUUCGAGGAGUUGUGCCAGGACAUAGUGCCUUUAUUGCCUCCAAAGGGAAGACGACAUGGAAUCGAGCCCACACUUAAAAUACUUACUGCUUUGAACUUUUAUGCCCGAGGAAGUUACCAGGGGAAGCACAUAAGAUUCCCACAAAAUAGGAAUGAAAGGAAUCUUAUUAAGCGGAAAUUUUAUGAUAAAUGUGGGCUACCCGCUGUGGUGGGGUGCAUCGAUUGUUCACAUGUAGCCAUAGUGAGGCCUUCGGAGCACGAAGAACAAUAUUUUAAUCGAAAACAUUUUCAUUCGAUUAAUACUCAAGUUAUAUGUGACAGUGAUUUAUUAAUUACAAAUGUUGAUGCUUCAUAUGGUGGAGCAACUCACGACGCUUAUAUUUGGAGGGAAUAUGAGAUAAGAAACCACUUGGAGGGUCUCCAGGAUGAAACAGUUUAUCUACUAGGUGAUUCUGGUUAUGCUCUAAGGGAGCAUAUGAUGACACCUGUAGAUAAUGCUGUUGAGAACUCUCCAGAGGGAAGGGCUGGUAUUGAAGGUCCCGAGUUGACUGAAGAGGAACACCAAUCAGAGAGAACCAGGGAGGUUCCCUUUGAAACAGCCGCAUCUUCUACUCAAGCUCUACAGGCAGGUCGAAGGGCAAGGAAUUCAUUAAUACAAAUGUUAGAAAGGAACUGGAGAUAA